CAGGCGAUGAUGGAGGUAACGGCCAAGAAUAUCCUCAUCACCUUAACGCUUUCUGUCAUUGUGUUAGUCACCAUUGUGGGAAACCUUCUGGUCAUGCUCUCAUUUGCAUUAGAUUCCAGACUUAGGCAGCCUUUCAAUUACUUUAUUUUUAAUCUUGCAGUAACGGACUUUUUGGUGGCACUUUUCGCUAUGUCAUUCUACACGAUAGAUACACUUCUGGGCUACUGGCCGUUUGGGACUAUUAUUUGUGGUUUCUGGAUCUACAUUGACUACGCUAUGACUUUUGCCAGUGUUUUUACAAUCGUCGCCAUCUCUUUAGAUCGGUUUUGGUCUGUCACAUGGGCGAUGCAGUAUAAAAAUAUGAAUGGAAAGAAAAAGAAUAUCAUCAUACUGACCAUUGUGUGGGUUUGUGUGUUCAUCAUUUGGACACCACCUUUUAUCGGUGACCGUCUUAAGCAUCAAGAAGUCAAUAAGUGCAUCUGGGAGCCGUCCGAUAACCGCGAGUUCAUCAUCGUUGUCGAUAUCAUCGGACACUACAUUCCUUGCCUGUUGAUCGUCGUUGCUUACCUGAAAGUUUACCUGGUGAUGAGGAAGCGGUCCAAAAAAGUAGGUCAUAAAAGCAGCGGACCCACCACCAUAAUCGUCAAACCAAGCACUCACUUAACGGUUGAUUGCACCACAAGAGACCGAUCUUCAUUAAACGAAGCCACGGUUUCCAUUAUCUCCACCACACCACCGCCGUCCACUCAGACUUUGUCUACGUCUUCAGAUAAACCGGUAGCAGUGAAAUCCAGUAACCAAGGUAACAGAGAACACAGGAUUUUCCGAACUUUGACCUAUGUGAUAGCUAGUUACUUGAUUUGCUGGUUCCCGUUUUACGUGGCGUGGGAUAUUUAUGCAUGGAAACCCUCUCUUGUUCCUGAUUGGCUGUACACGUUCUUCUUUUGGAUGACCUACAUUAAUUCUACACUAAAUCCUGUUCUUUAUGCUUACUCCAAUAAGGAUUUUCUAAGGGCUUUCAAAACUGUUACAAAAUGUUCAUUUAAUCACAACAAAUAUUGA